CGGGAGCCAUUGAAUUUGAAUAGUUGACCUUUAUUCUUUUGAUUUUCAUAAGAGUUAGUUUAUUUUAUUUCAGUAAUGCUUCCAUUUGCAAUUCCUUAUCCUCCAGAACAAGAAAAUGGAUUCUGGGGGAUUCCUACAUCUACAAUUGAUUGGUGUGAAGAGAAUUAUGUUGUAUCCGGUUAUAUAGCUGAAGCUUUAAAUACCAUUACUAAUUCUAUUUUCAUUCUUUUGGCCCUGUUUGCAAUUUAUCAUGCUUAUCAUAAUCAUUUGGAACCAAGGUUUAUCUUUACUGCUUUGGGCUUUUUGUUGGUUGGUGUUGGCUCGUGGUUAUUCCAUAUGACUUUAAAGUAUCAAUUUCAAUUAUUGGAUGAACUUCCAAUGAUCUAUGCCACUUGUAUUCCGUUUUGGUCAGUGUUUAGUGAAUUUAAAGAUCGCAAAGGCUCAUUGACUGUAGCCAUUGGAAUCUUUACUGCUGCGAAUAUUUUAACUGCAAUUUACCUUUACUUUAAAGACCCAACCAUUCAUCAAGCAGCUUAUGGUCUUCUUAAUGCUGGUAUCAUUUUGAAAUGUUAUACUUUGGCUAAUGACCAUGUGAAGGAUUCAAAGGCUAGGACUCAAUUAAGUAAAACUAUGGUCUUUGGGGUUUUGAUUUUCAUUUUGGGUUAUUUCUUAUGGAAUCUUGAUAUCCACUUAUGUUCCCAUAUAAGAAGUAAAAGAAGAGAAUGGGGGAUCCCUUAUGGUUUUGUUUUAGAAGGUCAUGGUUGGUGGCACAUUUUUACCGGUACUGGUGUUUAUUUCUAUUUGGUUUAUAUUGAAUACUUGAGAUGCUUCUUGAGUGGUACCCAAGAGUUUUACACUUUCAAAUGGGUUUGGGGUUUACCUGUGGUUUAUUUGAUUGAUAAACCAGGGUUAGAAAGAUAUAGAUCUGUUAUUACCUUAAAAAAUUUAGAUGAAGAAGAAUCUAAAAAGAACAUUUAGCUUAGGGUUUAUAUACUUUUUGUUUUUGCC